GAGCGGAGCGCGUCGCGAGAGAGUGACGUGUUCACGAGGCAGGGCAGGGGAAAAAUCGAGCGAGAGAGAGCUUGAGGUUUCGCUGCAGGAGGACGGUGUGUCGAUGUCGACGAUGGGCAGAUAGUUCCUUCUGACACCAGAGCCGUCCAGAAGGGAAGAGACGAGGGAGAGAGAGAGACAGAAGGAGAGGAGGAGGGGAGGUCGACGGAUUCGGUCGGAGGAAGGGCAGGAUUGAUUCGUGGCAGGUUGGUUCGUGCAGACCGAUUGCGCCAGCCGGGAAAGGCAGGAGGAUUCGUGAGCAGCGAUUGGCAAGAUUCUUCGUCGUUUGCAUGUUUGGUUGGGUUUCGAGGUGGAGCUUUGUGCUGCGGAGGUCGGGUUGGGCGAGUCGGAGCGCGAGGUUGUGGCUCGUAGAAGGUUGCCGAUUGUGUGAGAUUGCCAAAAAUCCCUGGAGAAGGUCCUGACGUUUGCUGGGGAGAGUAGUGCUCCCAAGAGGAAGGUCUUAAACGCGUCGCUGUACGUAGGGUUGCAUCUGGUGGAUUGGAUUACUUGUGUUUUCCGGAGGUAUGAAAAUUUUGAGUGAUUAGAGUUGGACGAUUUUUGAAGCUGCGGAGGACUCAAGAGUUCCAACAUGGCGUGGCGCCAGCUGGUGGAACAGGGUGGAUCUGCUGUGAAGCAGGUCGCUGCAUCUUCUGUAUGGGCUGGAGUUAGAAAUGACUUCCGGACGUCCCUGUUCAAUCUUGGUUCGCAUGUGCACAAUCUCACAGAUGGAGGUUUAACUUUCCAAAAGACUCAAAAGCGCUUCAUGUCGGGUUAUAUGAGUGGGUUUUCCCGGAGGUUGGAGCAACUUGAAAGGGAAUCCAGCAAAUAUGGCACAGAUGAUAAGCAUGCAGCUGUAUUGAGGGAGUUAAAUAAGGUUGACCCAGAAGGGGUGAUCAGAUGGUUUGAGACUCAAUCUGCCGCUCACCGUAGUCCAGCGGCUCUUGCAGAAUACGUAAAGGCUCUGGUCAAAGUGGACAGGUUGGAUCAGAGCGCUCUUUUCAAGACCUUGCAGCGAGGUGCAUCUGCUUUAGGUAACGACAUCCGGGGAGACUCAAUGCCAAUUAUGGCAGGAGCAUCUUCACCUCUUGCUAAUGUAGGAAUGGUCACGAAGGAUGGAGUUUUGGGAACCCCGAAUGCUCCCAUCCAUAUGAUUACGGCUGAAGGGGGCCUAAAAGUACAGGCGUGGCGGACAUUGCGAACUUUAGCUUUAGGUUUUCUUCUCCUCUCAGGUGUUGGUGCGCUCAUUGAAGAUCGGGGCAUUGGCAAGGGGCUGGGCUUGAACGAGGAGGUGCAGCCAAGCAUAGAAUCGAAUACGAAAUUCAGCGAUGUGAAAGGCGUGGACGAGGCCAAGGCUGAGCUUGAAGAGAUCGUGCACUAUCUACGAGACCCAAAGCGAUUUACAAGGCUUGGGGGAAAAUUACCGAAGGGUGUUCUCCUGGUCGGACCUCCAGGGACUGGCAAGACAAUGUUGGCCCGGGCUAUUGCCGGUGAAGCUGGAGUUCCCUUUUUUUACUGCAGUGGCAGUGAGUUUGAGGAGAUGUUUGUCGGUGUUGGAGCUCGAAGGGUUCGUGACUUGUUUUCUGCAGCAAAGAAAAGGUCACCCUGUAUUAUUUUUAUGGAUGAGAUAGAUGCCAUAGGAGGAAGCCGAAACCCCAAAGAUCAACAAUACAUGAAGAUGACUUUAAAUCAGCUCUUGGUCGAAUUGGAUGGAUUCAAGCAAAACGAGGGUAUCAUUGUUAUUGCCGCAACCAAUUUCCCGGAAUCCUUGGACAAAGCCUUAGUUCGUCCCGGUCGUUUUGAUCGACAUGUGGUGGUUCCUAACCCUGACGUCGAAGGACGACGGCAGAUAUUGGAGGCGCACAUGUCUAAGGUUCCGAAAGCAGAAGAUGUGGAUUUGUCAAUUAUCGCCAGAGGAACUCCAGGCUUCUCUGGAGCAGAUCUAGCAAACCUAGUCAACGUAUCAGCGUUAAAAGCCGCCAUGGAUGGACAGAAGUCUGUGAGCAUGACAGACCUGGAGUUUGCCAAAGACAAGAUAAUGAUGGGGAGCGAGCGAAAGUCAGCUGUUAUCUCAGAUGAGUCACGAAAGCUUACAGCGUACCACGAAGGAGGGCAUGCUCUCGUGGCUCUGUACACGGAUGGUGCUCUUCCAGUGCACAAGGCGACGAUUGUGCCCAGAGGCAUGGCUUUGGGAAUGGUCUCACAACUGCCAGAGAAGGACGAGACAAGUUUCUCUCGCAAGCAAAUGUUGGCCCGGCUUGAUGUAUGCAUGGGUGGUCGGGUUGCCGAAGAGCUUAUUUUUGGUGAAGGAGAGGUUACAUCUGGCGCCUCAUCAGAUAUCGUUUCUGCAACUCGUCUUGCUCGAGAAAUGGUGACAAAGUACGGUAUGAGCAAGGCAGUUGGGGUGGUGGCACAUAAUUAUGAAGAUGACGGCAAGAGUAUGAGCACAGAGACCCGUUUGCUCGUGGAACAGGAGGUAAGGGACCUCCUACAAAAGGCCUACGAGAACGCUAAAACCAUUCUGACGACUCAUCAGAAGGAGUUGCAUGCCCUUGCAAAUUCUUUGCUGGAAAAUGAGACAUUGACAGGAAACCAAAUAAAGGCUUUGUUAGUUAGUGUAAGCUCUCCUUCCAAACCCGCCUCGGCACCCACGUCAAUACCAGCACUCCCGUCCCCCUCCUCGGCUGCAGCAUCAGCAGCCGCCGCCGCAGCCGCCGCUGCGGCUGCCGUAGCUAAACCGAACUCUGUAGCACAACCGGCUGGAACGUAGACGUUGAUGGUUGGCGUGUUGAGAUCUUUCGUUACAACAUUUGACAUCGAAUGUGGCCUGCCUGCCUCUACCUCUUUGACUGAUGUUGGAUGUAGUCUGAUGCAAAUAGAUACACUGAAAGCAGACAAUGAUACAGAAGUGGCAUAGAGCCCCAUCGUCAUUUUCAGGUUGUAAUUGGAGUGUCGCAUGGAUCUUCCCUGUCCGUAAUGGUACGGGCUCUGCAACUGUAUAUUUCAAAGUAGAGAGAAUGGGAGGAACACUCAUGCGGCCACCCGCCCAGACCACGAAGUGAAUGUUCGGACUGGCUGAAGUCUCUCAAAGGGCCAAUCUGGGUUCAAGAAUAUACCUCCCCGACGAUGUAUUCGGCCGUCAUUUAGGCUUGUUCACCAUAUUUUUAGUUGAGCCUCAGUUAGAAUGUGAACGUAUAUUUAGACGAUGGUAUGCUGUCGCCAUUCUCGAACAAUAUUGAAUCGAGACUGUAGUGAGAGUCUCAACGGUGAAGGUGAAUUCUUUCCUUCACUAAACAGUAAAUGGAAGUGGGUCAGGUACAACUCGAAUCAAGUUUCCGGUCAGCCUUCGUCCGAUUACCUACUACUGUGUGUCCAAUGAAUGACACAAUGUAAAAUGAUAAUUUGUUGUCUCCUUUUUCGAGCUAAAUUGUUGCAAAAAUUGGUUGACACG